AUGCCGUCGCGCCCCGACCGCUCGGACUGGAAGCGCGUGGACGUGGUGGUGCCCGCGGGUCCGCUGGGCCUCAUCGUGAGCAAGAGCCCCGUGGGCGAGGGCCACGUGAUCGUGGACGGCUUCCGCCCCGUGGGGGGCUCGGGCGAGCCCGGCGCGCUGGAGCUGCAGGGCGAGAUCGGGCCCAACUCGCUGCUGCUGGGCGUGAACGAGCACGACUUCACGGACGCGGCCGCCGCCUGGAGCUUCGAGAGGAUCCGCGAGAUCCUCGUGAGCACCAGCGGCGCCGAGCGCGUCGUGCGCUUCCUCGUGCCGCCGCCGCCGCCCGCCGUGCAGUUCGAGGAGCUGGCGGCGCACGACGCGGCGCGCCGCUUCGCGGACGAGUACGCGCUGGGCAAGGAGCUGGGAGCGGGCACCUUCUCGGUCGUGCGCGAGGCCACGCACAAGGCCACGGGCGCGCGCUUCGCCAUCAAGUGCAUCAAGCGCGCGCAGCUGUCGGCCGACGACCUGCGCGCGCUCGUGGCCGAGGUCAAGAUCCUGCGCGAGAUGCAGCACCCGCACAUCGUCAAGCUCUACGACGUGUUCCAAGAAGAAAAAUACUUCUUCCUCGUCACCGAGUACAUGCCCGGCGGGGAGCUCUUCGAGCGCAUCGUCAAGAAGAACUUCUACUCGGAGAGGGAGGCCAGGGACCUCGUCAAGGUGCUGCUGGAGACCAUCGCCUUCUGCCACGACGCCGACGUCGUGCACCGCGACCUCAAGCCGGAGAACCUGCUGCUGAGCAGCCAGGAGGACGACGCAGACAUCAAGCUCGCCGACUUCGGCUUCGCCAAGAAGUCGGCCAUCCAGAACGGAGACGCCGGACUGUCCACCGCCUGCGGCACGCCCGGGUACGUGGCGCCCGAGAUCUUGAUGGCCAGGCCCUACGGCAAGGAGGUGGACAUCUGGAGCAUCGGCGUCAUCACGUACAUCCUGCUGUGUGGCUACCCGCCCUUCCACCACGACAACCAGGGCGUGCUCUUCAGGCUCAUCAAGGCCGGACGCUACGAGUUCGACUCGCCCUACUGGGACGACGUGUCGGCCGAGGCCAAGGAUCUCAUCAGCAAGAUGCUCGUGCUCAAGCCCGCGGAGCGCUGGACCGCGCGCCAGCUGCUGGAGCACCCGUGGAUCGCCGGCGACGCGGCCAAGGACGUGCAGCUGUCCACGGCGCUGCAGGAGCUGCGCAAGUUCAACGCGCGCAGGAAGUUCCGCGCGGCUGUCAGCACGGUCAAGGCCACCAUCUCGCUCACGAAGGCGCUGACGCUCGGCAGCAGCCCGCGCAGCAGCAAGGACAGCGACGAUGGCGAGAAGGACGCGAGUGCGAGUGCAGCUCCUGCUGUCAGCUCCAACUCGUCGGCUGAAGUGCCGCCCCCGGCGCCCACAGCUUCGCAGUAG